CUUCACACUUCCGUUUCCACGCAGUAACCAAAAGACACAAUACAGAAACACAAAAGCGACGCACAGGGAAGUGCAGAAAGGAUCAUGGCUGAAGUGGAGGAAACACUGAAAAGGAUUCAGACACACAAAGGUGUUAUAGGGACAAUAGUUGUCAAUGCUGAAGGUAUUCCCAUUAGAACGACAUUGGACAAUUCCACCACAGUGCAGUACGCAGGCUUACUUCAUCAGCUCGCUAUGAAAGCAAGGAGCACAGUCCGAGACAUAGACCCUCAGAAUGACCUCACUUUUCUACGCAUGAGGUCCAAAAAACAUGAGAUCAUGGUGGCACCUGACAAAGACUAUCUUCUGAUAGUGAUCCAGAACCCAAGUGAAUAGAACUGAAGGAAAGAAUCAACAAACACACAUUCAUUUAUUUGCUAAUUGCCUUCGUUGUUAAUCUGCUUUCUGCACAUGAAAUUACAUGUUAACAGCAUUUCUAUAAAACUUUACAAAAACACUUCAAUGAAAACUUUAAUGAAAUAAAAUGUCAACUGGA